AUGCUCCGGAGCUUUUCGCCGAUAAGGCUUGCUUGGAAACCUAAUGGUGUUCUACAAGCAACUGCCAGGCUGUACACUAUGCGGCUGAAAUCUACCUACGUUCCUCAACCUAGCGCCAAAAUCAGGCGCAACAAAACUAAAGAAGAACUGGCACAGGAGAGACUAGAAGUGCAACUUAAGUCAGACAAUCGCUUCGUGAGAUGGGGUGCGAUCGCUAGAACUGAGAAAUUUACCAAGGGAAUGACGAAAUAUCUCAUAGGGGCGUACAUAUUCUUCUUAAUCUAUGGUCUAUACUUCAUGAAGAAAAUGUAUGCCAAGGAAAAGGAGCUAGAGAGGUUAGAAGCGAGGCAAUCAAAUGGUGAGGCCAACGAAUAUGAGAAGCUUAGAGUCAAAGAGCUUCGGGGAAAGCUGAGGACUCGAGAUGAGUUAAAAUUAGUGAAGUAUAGGGAGCUACCACAAGAUGAGAAUCAGUCCUCGACCCAGUUUGAUGGAAUCGAACUUGAAAAUAAUGAUGAGAACAAGACAAACAAAAAGAUUUUACCUGCUCGUGAUACCACCGAAUUCUAUGACUUCAAGGCUGCCGACUACGACGAAGGAGUAAAUUUUGAAGAAAAAGCCAUUAUGAUGGGACGGAGACGUAAAUGGCUGAUGAAGCAUUGCCAAGGUGACGUGCUUGAAAUUGCAUGCGGCACGGGGAGAAACCUAAAAUAUGCAGACCUCUCGAAAAUCAACUCAAUUACAUUUUUGGAUGCAUCUGAGAAAAUGAUGGAGCUGACCCACGAAAAGUUCCGUCAAGAAUUUCCUAAUUUCAAAAAGGCUGCGUUUGUAGUAGGGAAAGCCGAGAAUCUUGUAGAUCUGGCUUCCGGUGCAAAAACAGAAGGUGUUGAUCCGGAAACGAAAGUUAGGUAUGAUACAAUCGUGGAGGCAUUCGGAUUGUGCUCUUUAGAAAACCCAGUCAAAGCUUUGAAAAACUUCGAAAAACUCUUGAAACCCGGAGGAAGAAUCGUGCUUUUGGAACAUGGAAGAGGUACUUACGGCUUCAUAAACAAGAUCUUGGACGAUAGAGCUGAGAAAAGAUUAGAGACCUGGGGCUGUAGGUGGAACUUGGACCUAGGUGAAAUUCUAGAUGAUUCAGGUUUGGAAAUAGUGGAGGAGAAAAGAACCCAUUUGGGCACGACUUGGUGUAUUGUCGCGAAGAAGAAGGGUGACGUGAAAAAGAAUACCGAGGUAGGAUUUGUUGAAAAAUAUUUUGGCUCCAGUAUCAAAAGUAAGAUCGAAGCUUACGACAACGCUAGUAAAGCCACGGAUCAGAAGAAGGACCCUUGA